AUGGUUGACGGACAAUCUGGAAGAGAAGACGGGUCGCGCGCAAAGCGACAGAAGACCGACAAGGCCGAAAUGGAUCCCCGCGCGAAUCCCUACCUGGCUCAUAUGUACCCCGAAGAAAAUGGAAGCCGGAGCUCUCAAAAUGGCCCAUUCGCCGGCUUUACGAGACACCAGACAACUGCUGCCCUUGCGCAGAAGGCCGAGGAUGGAGAUUUGAACCCUUUCAAUGGUCGGCCGUUUUCCUCCACGUAUAUGUCGAUCUUGAAAACUCGACGCAACCUUCCGGUUCAUGCGCAGAGAAACGAGUUUUUGAAGCUGUACCAGGAAUCUCAGAUUCUUGUUUUCGUCGGUGAAACCGGUUCAGGAAAAACAACGCAGAUCCCUCAGUUCGUCCUAUUCGAUGACCUUCCCCAAUCCCAGCGCAAGAUGGUCGCGUGUACCCAGCCACGACGAGUUGCUGCCAUGUCUGUGGCGGAGCGUGUUGCCGCUGAGAUGGAUGUGAAGCUAGGCGAAGAAGUUGGUUACAGCAUUCGUUUCGAGGACAUGACUAGCCAGAAGACUAUUCUCAAAUACAUGACUGAUGGAAUGCUUCUCCGAGAAGCUAUGAAUGACCACAACCUCCAGCGGUAUAGCACAAUCAUCCUCGACGAAGCUCAUGAACGUACAAUGUCUACGGAUAUUCUUAUGGGAUUGCUGAAGGAGGUGGUUCUGCGCCGACCCGAUUUGAAGAUCAUCAUCAUGUCUGCCACUCUCGAUGCACAGAAGUUUCAGCGUUACUUUAGCGAUGCCCCGUUGCUGGCUGUCCCAGGAAGAACUCACCCCGUGGAGAUUUUCUAUACCCCUGAACCAGAGCAGGAUUAUGUUGAAGCGGCAAUUCGCACUGUACUGCAAAUCCACGCAACGGAGCCGGAUGGAGACAUCCUAUUGUUUUUAACGGGUGAAGAAGAGAUUGAAGAUGCUGUUAGAAAGAUCUCACUGGAGUCGGAGGAAAUGGUGAGAGAGGCCGAUGCCGGCCCAAUGAAGGUCUAUCCAUUGUAUGGCAGCCUGCCUCCACAUAUGCAGCAACGCAUCUUCGAGCCAGCUCCGGGCCCACGCAAACCCGGUGCUCGUGCUGGUCGCAAGUGUAUCGUGUCGACAAACAUUGCUGAGACGUCACUCACCAUUGAUGGUAUUGUUUAUGUCGUGGAUCCUGGGUUUUCCAAACAGAAAGUUUAUAACCCUCGUAUUCGGGUCGAAUCCCUGCUCGUGUCACCAAUAUCAAAAGCGUCUGCUCAGCAGCGUGCUGGCCGUGCUGGCCGUACCCGCCCUGGAAAAUGCUUUCGUCUAUACACUGAGGCUGCUUUUAAGAAGGAACUUAUCGACCAAACUUAUCCUGAGAUUCUCCGAUCGAACUUGUCUUCUACCGUCUUGGAACUGAAGAAACUGGGCAUUGACGAUCUGGUUCACUUCGACCUAAUGGAUCCUCCUGCACCAGAAACACUAAUGAGAGCCUUGGAAGAACUCAAUUACCUAGCCUGUCUUGAUGACAAUGGAGAUCUGACCCAAUUGGGACGCCUGGCAUCUGAAUUCCCCCUCGACCCAGCGCUUGCCGUAAUGCUGGCAACAUCACCGGAGUUCUACUGCUCUAACGAAAUCUUGUCUAUCACCGCCCUUCUUUCGGUUCCACAGGUAUUUACACGACCGCAUGCUCAGCGGAAGCGAGCAGAUGAGAUGAAGAACCUGUUUGCCCAUCCGGAUGGUGAUCAUUUGACGUUGCUAAACGUAUACCACGCGUUCAAGGGCCCCGAGGCGCAAGCAAACCCGAAGCAAUGGUGCCACGAUCACUUCCUGUCCCUCCGUGCUCUACAAUCUGCAGACAAUGUGCGACUUCAGUUGUUGCGUAUCAUGGAACGCGAGGAAGUCGAACUCAUCUCUACUCCGUUUGACGACAAGAAGUACUACGAGAACAUUCGACGAGCUUUGGUUGCCGGCUUUUUCAUGCAGGUGGCCAAGAAGGAGAGCACAGGGAAAAGCGUCUACACCACCGUGAAGGACAACCAGAGCGUGCUCUUGCACCCAAGUACUGUCCUGGGUUACGAUGCCGAGUGGGUGCUCUACAACGAAUUCGUCCUCACCACCAAGAAUUACAUUCGAACAAUCACAUCUGUGAAACCAGAAUGGCUUUUGGAAAUUUCACCCGUUUACUACGAUAUCUCAACAUUUCCAAAAGGGGAUAUCCGAUCUGCUCUUCUCCGCGCGGGCGAUAGACUUGCUCGUAAAGACAAAAUGCGUAGUGACUCUAGCAAGCGCCGUUGA